GCUCUUGUCUUGCGAAGGGCCGUCAAACCCGGAAGCGCGUGUGUUUAUUUGCGGGGAAACUUCAUUUAGGAACAUACUAAUCCUAACCAGUAUCUAGCUAUAAAGGUUCAGCUCGGGUUUCUAAAUUAGUAUGUGCGUCAGUAUAAACUUAAAAGGCUACAGUGUCGACAUUUCACUGUAAGGAGAAAUUUGCUUUGCUAGCUAGAAGUAAACAGUCACCUAACGUUAGCUAGCCAGCUACAGUAUGUCCAGCGAGGCAGUCCUCACUGUACGGUUGGUAAGGUCGUUUGAGCACCGAAACUUCAAGCCAGUUGUAUUUAGUUGCGUGAAUUUAGAUCAAACGGUCGAGGAAUUUAUCCAGUUUGUGAAAAAUGGUAAGUAGGAUUUUUUUUUUUGGUAACUAGCUAAACAUUAUGUAGGGUGUUCACCCAUAAAAUGAUUAAUUAAUUCAAGGUUUAUAUGUCCAUUCAAUAGAACAUUCAGUCAGAAAAACAAAAGGCCAAACCCCAUGUCUACCAUAUAUGGUUCAAAAGUUACCGACUAUUUACUCUGAGAAUUUAGCAUGUUUAGAGUGAAUGGAAUGUCAUUACAGGCAUGAUCAAAAAGUGGAAACUGUUCAAUAUAAUUCUGUGGCGCGGCAGAACGACGCUAAUUUAGACCGUCAACUGACAAGCUAACUAGUGGCUGAAAACAUGGGCUUUUUCAAUUAAAUCCGCUGAAUACAAUACUAAAUAGGGACAAAGUAUAUAUUCAUUUACUAAACUAACAGACUGAGUUUCAAUAUCCACCCUCUACGAAGACGAUCUGUUCCUGUUUUUGUGUAUUUCUUAACCUUUCCCUGUAAAACGCUAUAUAAACUGCCCCUCUCAACGUAGAUUGAUUGCGGUUAUAGGCAAUGAAAGCCAAGGAUCUGGAGGUGAAAAUGACUAAGGUAUCACGUUGAUUUUGAUUGGUCCAACCAGCGGAAACACCUCCAAAUGGUACCACCUCACAACACCAAAUAUGAGAGAUGCAUCCAAGAGCGGUGCUGUCUAAACUAGCAACGGUUACAGCAAAUUAACGUUCUUAUUUCAUCAACACUAUCAAGUAAAAGUAUAAUAUUGUAGAAAACAAUCUGUCAUUUAUAAUGACAUAGGGCAAAGAAAAUGACGUUUUUACCCUCAUUUCUUAACACCCUCUUGAAUUGCCCAGUUUUUCUCAAUAUUGUACAGCCGUGAGUGAACGCCCUACAUCAUGCCAUGAAAAAUAUUAUUCUACGACAUUCCAUCUUCCUUUGUGGUUCCAUACAUGUUGUGUUGUCCCUUCUAGAUGUUAGCACGAGGUCCGGUCUACCACCCCCCUUUAAGAAGUUUGGCUAUGGUAAGUUAUGGCUGCAUUUUAGUAGUGGCUUCUGCUGCCCACUUCCAAAUAGACACCAAUACGACUACGAUGGAGUUGAGUUGCGACUAGUGUCGGCAGACUGGAGCUCCGACGUCACAUACAAUUACGUUUGUAAUAAAAAACGACUGAUUUCAGCAUCAAAAGAAUAGCCCGCAAUUACAAAGAACAAUGUCAUCUGUAAUUGCUGGCUAUUCUUUGGGUGCUGAAAUCAGUAGUUUUAUGUGACGUCGGGGCUCCAGUCCAGUCGUGGAUUUGAGUUUAAUCGGCUACCCUAACCCCUACCAUUGGCAUUGCCCCUAGACCAGGGGUGUCAAACUCGAUCCAUGGAGGGUCUGGUGUCUACAGGUUUUUCCUUUCAAUUGAGCCAGAGAAGACCAGGUGUGGGGAGUUCCUUACUAAUCAGUGACCUUAAUUCAUCAAUCAAGGACAAGGGAGGAGUGAAAACCUGCAGACACUUGGCCAGCAGUGGAAUAAGUUUGACACCUGUGCCCGAGACAUUUGAUAUUAAUGGUAGGGUUUAGGAGUCAAUUAUGUUCUGAGAAUGAUGCCAGCAACACUUCAAUGUUAUCCUUCACUAAACAUUGUUGGACCCAUUGACAUGCAUUCUUGAUACAUGCAUUACAUUGAUUUGAUGUCUUAACUUCUACAUAAUGUAUCAUUUGAAGAUACAAUGAAGAUCAUCCACCAGGCACAUGGAGCAAAGGUAUCCUUCUUCUUGACACCUUACAUAUACACUCAGAUAGUUAUAUCAAUAAGCCUGUUAAAUCUCUCCCAUUGUUUGUUCUAAAUAAUUGUGUUUUAUAAAGCCAAUCAAAAUGAUAAAUGUCCUGUUUGCAGACAAAUGAGUUGGUGAUGAGUUUGGAGGACGAUGACAAGCUUAUUCUGCAAGAUGGACUAACCCUAAGAGCAGCAGGCAUUGGUAUAGUCAUCUUGUUUUUGCACACAUACUGUACACUGUUUCCCCUAGGAAGAGUUAGGGGGGGGUGGUGGCGGAUGGGGUCUUCCUGGGUCAUACAUCUAAAGAUCUACAUUAUUUAUAUAUAUACAUACAUACACACACACACACACAGUGCCUUCAGAAAAUAUUCACACCCCUUGACUUUUUCCAGAUUUUGUUGUUACAAAGUGGGAUUAAAAUUUAUUUAAUUUUCCUUUUUUGUCAACGAUCUACACAAAAUACUAUAAUGUCAAAGUGGAAGAAAAUAAUUGAACAUUUGUAAAGGAUUCAUGGAAAAAUAAAACCCUAAUAUAUAUAUAUAUAUAUAUAUAUAUAUCUCUUGAUUAGAUAAGUAUUCAAACCCCUGAGUCAAUACAUGUUAGAAUCACCUUUGGCAGCGAUUACAGCUGUGAGUCUAUCUGGUUAAGUCUCUAAGAGCUUUCCACACCUGGAUUGUGCAACAUUUGCCCAUUUUAUUAUUUUAUAAAUUCUUCAAGCUCUGUCAAAUUGGUUGUUGAUCAUCGCCAGACAAUGAUUUUCAGGUCUUGCCAUAGAUUUUCAUGCAGAUUUAAGUAAACUGUAACUCGCACUCAGGAACAUUCACUGUCUUCUUGGUAAGCAACUCCAGUGUAGAUUUGGCCUUGUGUUUUAGGUUAUUGUCCUGCUGAAAGGUGAAUUUGUCUCCCAGUGUCUGGUGGAAAGCAGACUGAACCAGAUUUUCCUCUAGGACUUUGCCUGUGCUUAGCUCCAUUGAAAUUUUUAUCCAGAAACUCCAGUCCUUAACGACAGCUGCAUGAUAAAGCCACCACUAUGCUUAAAAAUAUGAAAGGUGGUACUCAGUAAUGUGUUCUAUUGGAUUUGCCCCAAACAUAACACUUUGUAUUCAGGACAAAAAGUUAAUUGCUUUGACACAUUUUUUGCAGUAUUUCUUUAGUGCCUUGUUGCAAACAGGAUGCAUGUUUUGGAAUAUUUUUUUUAUUCUGAACAGGCUUACUUAUUUUCACUGUCAAUUAGGUUAGUAUACUGUAUUGUGAAUGAACUACAAUGUUGUUGAUCCAUCCUCAGUUUUCUCCUAUUACAGCCAUUAAACUCUGUAACUGUUUUAAAGUCACCAUUGCUCGACUGAGGGACCUUACAGAUAAUUGUAUGUGUGGGGUACAGAGAUGAGGUAGUCAUAUUUUAUUUUUUAAACAAUAUUAUUGCACACAGUGAGUCCAUACAACUAAUUAUGUAGCUUGUUAAGCACAUUUUUACUCCUGAACAUAUUUAGGCUUGCCAUAACAAAGGGGUUGAAUACUUAUUGAGUCAAGACAUUUCAGCUUUUCAUUUUUAAUUAAUUUGUAAAUAUUUCUAAAAACAUUAUUCCACUUUGACAUUAUGGUGUGUAGGCUAGUGACAAAAAAAAAUCUAAAUCCAUUUUAAAUUCAGGCUGGAACACAAUGUGGAAAAUGUCAAGGAGUGUGAAUACGUUCUCGAGGGCACUGUGUGUGUAUGUAUGUGUGGACACUCCUUCAAAUUAGUGGAUUUGGCAAAUGGAGCACACAGCCAUGCAAUCUUCAUAGAUAAACAUUGGCAGUAGAAUGGCCUUACUGAAGAGCUCAGUGACUUUCAACGUGGCGCUGUCAUAGGAUGCCAACUUUCCAACAAGUCAGUUUGUCAAAUUUCUGCCCAGCUGGAGCUCCCCCGGUCAACUGUAAAUGCUGUGAAGUGGAAAUGUCUAGAAGCAACAACUGCCAUUGGACUCUGGAGCAGUGGAAACGCGUUCUCUGGAGUGAUGAAUCACGCUUCACCAUCUGGCAGUCUGACGGACGAAUCUGGGUUUGGCGGAUGUCAGGAGAACGCUACCUGCCCUAAUGCAUAGUGCCAACUGUAAAGUUUGGUGGAGGAGGAAUAAUGGUCUGUGGCUGUUUUUCAUGGUUCGGGCUAGGCCCCUUAGUUCCAGUGAAGGGAAAUCGUAACGCUACAGCGUACAAUGACAUUCUAGACGAUUCUGUGCUUCCAACUUUGUGGCAACAGUUUGGGGAACGCCCUUUCCUGUUUCAGCAUGACAAUGCCCCGUGCACAAAGCGAGGUCCAUACAGAAAUGGUUUGUCGGUAUCGGUCUGGAAGAACUUGACUGGCCUGCACAGAGCCCUGACCUCAACCCCAUUUAAACACCUUUGGGAUGAAUUGGAACGCCGACUGCUAGCCAGGUCUAAUCGCCCGACCUCCAGUGGUGGACAAAGUACCCAAUUGUCAUACUUGAGUAAAAGUAUAGAUACCUUUUUUAAUAGAAAGUUAUUCAAGUAAACGUGAGUCACCCAUUACAAUACACUUGAGUAAAAGUCAAAGUAUUUGGUUCUAAAUAUACUUAAGUAUCAAAAGUAAAAGUAUAAAUAAUUUCAAAUUCCUUAUAUUAAGCAAACCAGACGGCACCAUUUUCUUGUUUUAAAAAUGUAUGGAUAACCAGGGGUACACUCCAACACUCUGACAUAAUUUACAAAUGAUGCAUUUGUGUUUAGUGAGUCUGCCAGAUCAGAGGCAGUAGGGAUGACCACGUGUUCUCUUGAUAAGUGUGUGAAUUUGACCAUUCUCCUGUCCUGCUAAGCACUCAACAUGUAACAAGUACUUUUGGGUUUCAAAGAAAACGUAUGGAGUAGAAAGUACAUUAUUUUCUUUUGGAAUGUAGUAAAGUAAAAGUUACCCCAAAAAAUGACUAAAGUAGUACUUUUAAAGUAUUUUUACUUAAGUACUUUCCACCACCCCCAACCUCACUAAUGCUCUUGUGGCUGAAUGGAAGCAAGUCCCCGCAGCAAUGUUGCAACAUCUAGUGGAAAGCCUUCCCAGAAGAGUGGAGGCUGUUAUAGCAGCAAAGGGGGGACCAACUCCAUAUUAAUGCCCGUGAUUUUGGAAUAUGUUUGACGAGCACAUGUCCACAUACUUUUGGUCGCGUGUGUUUUUAUUGUCACAGUGAAAUUUAGGGGAAACACUGGUACACUUGCUGACCAAAACAUCACAUAGCUUAUAAGACUAAAGUGUGUACUACAUUUUGAACUGUACAUUCAGUCAACAUCCUGGUAAUGAAAUAUUGUCAAAGUGAAGGGCCCUGUUUUAUUCCUGUUUUUUUGUUUCAGCAAAUGAAACAGAAUUGGCCUUCUUCAGGAAAGAGGAUUAUGAGCUCUUUAAAGCUAACCCCCAACCAGCCUGGUGGUAAGGGUGUUUACUGGCCUUCAUCCUCCACUUCACCACGGGAGAGGGGAUUCUGAUCUGACAUGGAGGAUACACAUGGAUGGAAGGUUAUGGGGGGUGAUCUGUGCCUUCAGAUGAAAGUGGGAGUGUUUUCAUUUAACAUGCCAUUCAUAUAAAAAUAAAAUGGUAUCUGCCUCGAUUUUAUACCUCCACUGAAAUGCACUUUUCCUUUAUCUGGUAGUGUUGAAUAUGAUUAUGCAUUGAUUUUCUUUGUACUUAUUUGUUUCCUGUAAGACCUAUGUUUUAUUAUUGUAAACAUGAUUCCAAAUUAAAUCACCAGUUUGAAAAAAUA